CUGCUCCCCUCUAUCUCUCCCUGUUCUCUCUCCUUAUUCCCCUACUUCCCUCCUUCUUUCCCUGCUCUCUUCUCUGUGGAUCUUCACAGCAUCAUGUUAGGGGGUUAAUUCCCGCUCCAGCGGUGCUUUCCUCCGUGGCUGCCUCUCCCAGAUGCAAGUUUGUUGUAACUCCUCUUUAGCAGAUUGUCUGCACGUACAGUGGUGUAAAUGCAUAUCUGGAAGGAUGAGCAGAUGCUUGCAUGAGUUAUUGUUUCUUUCGGUUCAAGAGAAUUCCCCAGCCCAACAAGGAGGACUGGAACCUUUCUUUGAUUUCAUCAUUGCCAUAGGACACACGAGGCUUAACAAGGAAAACAAUAUGCUGAAAGACCUGCUGAAGGCAAAUGCUGAGAAAGCAGUGAAGCUGGAGGUGUAUAACAUCAAAACAAUGAAAAUCCGAGAGGUGGAGGUGAUCCCCAGUAACAUGUGGGGAGGACAAGGCCUCCUUGGAGCCAGCGUGAGGUUCUGCAGCUUCCAGGGAGCCAAUGAACACGUGUGGCACGUUCUGGACGUUGAGCCUUCUUCUCCUGCGGCUCUGGCUGGUCUCCAGCCAUACACUGACUACGUUGUUGGAUCUGAUCAGAUUCUUCAGGAGUCAGAGGAUUUCUUUUCCCUGAUUGAAUCCCAUGAGGGGAAGCCACUGAAGCUGAUGGUUUAUAACACUGAAGCAGAUUCCAUCCGAGAGGUAGUUGUGACUCCCAAUGGAGCUUGGGGUGGAGAAGGAAGUUUAGGAUGUGGUAUUGGAUAUGGCUAUUUGCACAGAAUCCCAACACAGUCCGUGACAUCAAAGAAAAAGCCAGAAAGCAAACCACCUUCACCCUCACCAGAAGCUGGAACUCCUGUGCCAUCCACUAAUGGUUACACAGAGACUCCAUUGUUGGCACCUACCUCUCAGAAUGACAUCUCUGAAACAGUUAUGAACUUGGAUCAUUCCAUAGAGCAAGAAAUGAGUGGUUACUCACCAGAAAGUUCCCUUUCUCCUCCUCCCCCUCUCCAGAGAGUUAUGGAUCCAGGCUUUCUAGAUAUGUCUGGAAUUUCAGUUUCUGAGUUCACAAGCUUAACAGACAGGUCCAGCAUGUCCCCAUCUGCCUCCUUCAAUGUGCCAGCAGCAGGGGCUUCUGUAGGCCCUGAAACACUAAUGCCAAAUAGUGAAGCCUCUGCUUAUCUUGAAAAUGCCUCAACUUUGGACCCUGAAGGUUUAACCCUGGAUCCUGAAGGAUCAGGAACUGAUGCUGAUAACCAGGAAUCCAAGCUGCUUGUGAACAGCACUGAGAGCUCAUUAACCACUGCUCCAGAGACACCAGAGCACGAAGCAGCAAGUGAGCAGAAAGGAGAAGCAGCUGCACAAUAUCCUGAGUGAGUGGACCCUGCUGCUCUUUACAGACUGCUGAAUGCUUCAGUGCUACAGCUUGGAAUAUUUUUCUUAUCUUUAAAGAAUUACAGUUGCUAUAUUUUGUUAGUGUAGACAAUACUAGAAAAGAAAUCACAUGAAGUACAUAUCCUGUUGUCUUCUCCAAUCACUGUUUAAUGGAUUGAUCUAUGUUCAAAAUUUGAAUGCUGUCCAAAAUCACCCAAUCAGUAGAGAAAUUAAUGCACAAACAAGUUGGACACUGGCAGAAUGUCAAGUUCUGGAAUUCACAUUUGCCUACAAGUGCUCCUGAAUGUACUUAUAAAGGCAUUGUGCCUGAACAGUGACAGUGACGAUUUUAUCCCGAUGUUUGAUGGCAUUAUAAAAAUAUUUAUAGUUUUGUUAGAAAGCUUUUCUAAUGGUACACCUUGGUUAGACUGUUCUUGUGACUUGCAAGGCAUUUCUUACACUAUAACAUGCUUUCACUUACUAGACUGUUAUUUUUCUUGGUUUCAUUCCCUUCUCUGCAACAGUCAUUCAUGUACCUUUUGUAUACCUGCUUGAGCUGGAAGGAAAUACAAUGGGCUUUAACAUUGCAGCCCCAAAUGCGACAAAGCCAUUCACUUCUGCUCUUGAAUGGACCAGGUGAUGGCUGUGCAGUUAAAUAAACAAUGAAGGGGGAGGGAGUGAUGGUGGUUACUUGAAACAAAUUGAAGAUGAUUUUCAAGUAGGGGGUGAUGAGUCUUUUUGGGGAAGGGUGAAUGUCUUGGCUUCUCUAGUGACUGAGAGAUAGCUUUCCUUUGCUCCUAUUCACUCAUUACUAUUUUUAUACAAAUUAUUGUAAGUUUAAGACAUGGGCUGUUGUGCAGCACCUGCAAUUUGUUUUUGUAGCUUUGUUUGCAUUUGUCUCUAAAUCACUUCUGAAUGUAAUGGCAAACAUGGCAUAAACAAUGGAAGACAUGGAUGGUUUUAUAAUCCUCAGGGCAGUGAUUUAUCAUGGAAUUUCAAAACUGCUGACAGGCAAUAAUAUAGCUACUGCAGUGAAAAUCCUUUGUAAAUUAAGAGAAUGGGGUACAAGGCUGGCAUGUGUUUAGGCUAUAAAAACUAAAGUACACUUAUUUAGCACAAUAUUGCCUGAUUUCCUGUGCUCUGGCUCCUGCUGUGUUUCUGCACUGUGCAGGUCAGACAGUUACAGCUGACUGGGCUGAAAUCUGGUACUGAUGCAGGGGCGGACUCAGAAUCCCACAGGUUUGUCUGUGACAGCUCAGAUUCAGCCAAAGGGUGCAAGCAAAGUCACAGCACAACAGAGCUUCAGAUGAGUCCACCCCAACAAAAAAAAAUCUGUCCUUCAUCUGUUGUUCAUCUGAAAUACUGCAAGUACAGUAGUUCUGAACAGGACUGUCAAAGUACCUGUUGCUUUAAAGAAUGUAUUCAAGGCAGUAGAAUUGACAGUGGAUUCUAGUCUGCUAAAGGGUCUGUUAAUUGUAAGCCAAUUUUAUUUCCUGUGUUGCUAAAGUAAAUUUCUUAUUUUGUUCCCCCAGCUGACUGUUACAAGGGCAAACAGCCAAACACUAAAAAUAAAUGUAAUUUAAAUUA